AUGCGAUGUGAUCGCCGUCCUUCGAAUACUGCGUCGUAUUUACUCGCUCGCUGGAAACUUGUCGCCGCUUGGGUUUUUGCAAGGGCUCAAUGCGUAUCAGCCCAGGAGGGAAACCUCGCGUCGUUCGAAAGACGUGGUGCAAAGCGUCGAGGACAUAGCAAUGGCAAUCCUAUGCCGUUCCAAAUGCUCAUGCAAAUAGGCAACUUUGAGGCAUCCGGCAUUCGCAUCGCCCCGUUCUUUCACCACGCGGGCUGGGAGGCCAGGCUGCCGGUCGAGGCGGUGACGGGCUUUGCCAUCGGCAAGGCCACGCACAUCUUGGCAUCCUCCAUCAGGAGACGGAUUGAAUCGGUUGAGCUGAAGCAAGAUCAUGAACUAGGUCUAAGGUCUCGACUCUCGCGGGCCAUCUCGUCCGACGAUGCGACGGGAAAUGAGGCUCAAUACACAAAUCUGGAUGAUAUUGAGGGCCCUAUCAGCAUAAUGUCACGACAUGGAAACCAGCCGACCGGGAAACAGGGUGGGGAGAUCGGAGCAAUCCACUUUUAUAUCAACAGUGAGCCUGAAAACAGAAGCUUGAAAGAAGCUUUGCAUCGAUCAUGUGAUCGGCGGCCACUAAGAAAAACCACCGGCCGCAACGUGGACGAGCGGUUGCCUUUGGAAUGGCCGAUGCCCUCCCCACCAUGUUCCAACCGCUCCACGCUCACGGGAUAUAUACAAGGCUGAGGAACGAAUGGCAAUUGGGAGGCAUUGGGAGAAGGGUAAAUAAAAGCCUCGUAUAAGUCUCGAACGCUGACUCGAGUUCGAACCAUCGGCCGGUCCGUUAGUAAGGCCACGGGACUGGGACCAUUAAGAGUCCGCUAGAAGAACACCAUUUCUUCGCAUCCCCCCCAUUCUCCGUGGGUUGCUGUACAGUGUCGUCUCGCCACGACCUUUCUCUCUGUGUGCCAUUUUGAGACAAUAGUUGGAUUUAGAUCCCCUUCCAGCUUGUCAGAUUUCAAUGCCACAUGUCCCUCCG